GCCGGGCCGGGCCGGGCCGGAGGGCGCCGAUGGCGGGGGGCAGCAGCAGCGUGAAGGGCGCCGGGGCCGUCGGGCGGGCUGGUUCCCGGCUGGAUGGGCUGUUCCUGCGGCGAUUCCUGCGGCUCCUGGCCGUACUCUUUCCUGGGUGGCCCUCCCCGAGCGCCCUCAUGUUCUUGACGCUGCUCGGUGUCUCCUUGCUGGAGCAGCUGGUUAUUUACCAGGUCGGCGUCAUCCCCAGCCAGUACUAUGAGGUCCUAGGGAAGAAGGACUUCUCCGGAUUCAAAACAUUGACUGUCGUUGCUGUGACUCUGAUUAUUGUGAACUCCACGCUAAAAAGUUUCGACCAGUUUAUCUGCAACAUGAUGUAUGUGAACUGGAGGAAGUCCCUCACUGAAUACCUCCACAGCUGCUACUUCCAAGGCCAGGUCUACUACAACCUGCUCGUGCUGCGUGAGGACAUCGAUAACCCGGACCAGCGCAUCAGCCAGGAUGUGGAGAGGUUCUGCAGGCAGCUCAGCUCCAUGGCCAGCAAGCUUGUCAUCUCACCCUUCACACUGGCCUACUACACAUACCAGUGCUUUCACAGCACAGGCUGGCUAGGCCCAGUAAGCAUCUUUGGAUAUUUCGUCAUUGGGACGAUGGUUAACAAAGUGUUGAUGAGCCCAAUUGUGUCUAAGCUUGUGCAGCAGGAAAAACUGGAGGGAGAUUUCAGGUUCAAGCACAUGCAGAUCCGUGUCAAUGCAGAACCAGCUGCUUUCUACAGGGCUGGGCGAGUGGAGCACAUGCGCACAAACCGGAGGCUGCAGAGCCUGCUGAAGACCCAGAGAGAGCUGAUAGGCAAGGAGCUGUGGCUAUACAUUGGGAUCAACACCUUUGAUUAUCUGGGCAGCAUCCUGAGCUACGUGGUCAUUGCCAUUCCCAUCUUUUCUGGGGUCUACGGCGACCUGAGUCCAACAGAGCUCAGUUCCCUUGUCAGCAAGAAUGCCUUUGUUUCCAUCUACCUCAUUGGCUGCUUCAGCCAGCUUAUAGAUCUUUCCAGCACUCUGACUGAUGUAGCUGGCUACACACACAGGAUUGGCGAAUUGCAGGAGACCUUGCUGAGCCUUGGCAGAAAAAAAAAUGGUAACUACUCUGAAGCCAAAACCAGUUGGGAUUUGGACGGCAACCAUUCUGGCGAGGACCCAGUACCAAGGGACACAGCUUUCCUUCUGGAGAGAGUGACACUCUCAGUACCAUCCUCUGGCAAGCUGCUCAUCAAGGACUUGAGCCUCAGGAUCUCACAAGGAAACAGUGUGAUGAUUGUGGGAAACACUGGUACAGGGAAGACAUCUCUCCUUAGGGUCCUCGGAGGACUCUGGGAGAGCACACGAGGGAGCAUCAGGAUGCUGACCUGCUUUGGUCCCCGAGGAGUGGUGUUCCUACCGCAGAAGCCUUUCUUCACUGAUGGAAGCCUGCGUGAGCAGGUGAUCUAUCCCCUGAAGGAGAUCUAUCCACUUUCAGGGUCUGCAGAUGAUGAGAGGAUUGUGCGAUUCCUGGAGCUGGCUGGGCUGACUGAUUUGCUGGCAAGGGCUGGAGGACUGGAUGAACAGGUGGACUGGAACUGGUAUGACAUCCUGUCCCCAGGGGAGAUGCAAAGACUCUCAUUUGCACGGCUCUUCUACCUCCAGCCAAAAUAUGCAGGCUCUGCUGGGGGCUUGAGCUGUUGGAGGACUUGCCAUGAGGGCCAGGUUGGAUGUGGGUGAACAGAGCCUGUUUCAGUAGCAGGUAGCUACAUGUAAGUACCUCUCUUUCCCCUGAAGCCUGUGGCACAGCUAAGUGAUGUCUGGGCAGAAAGAGCCUGUGGAUGGCAAACUAAAAGCUGUAGAGAUUAUUUUAAUUUAUUUGCUCCAGGACUGUAGUAUUUACCCUUAAUAGUCAGGAGGGUGCCACAAGCCAUCCUACACUCUCCAUGUAGGGCCUGUGCUGGAAGAGUACACUGACUGCUGUUCACCCUGGCACUCUGGCAUGUGGUCUGCCUGGAGAAGGUCAUGUCUUGGCUUUUGCCAUGAUGGGAGCGAGGCAGUGGUGGGCAGCUCUUGAGGGAGGGGAAUGAGGUGAACGGUGUGGUUUGGAUGGAUUCAAGUACUUGAGGAGAAAGACACUUUCCUAGUUGCCUGACACCAGCUGUGCCAGAGGAAUACCAGAGUCCUUAGGUUUCUCCUCACUUGCCUUCUGCAGAUGCUCUUGGUGAGCUCUAAUUAAUACUGAAAUGUUCUUGUGAGUUGCUGUUCUUGCCUACAGGAGAUGUCUGGUGGAGAGAGGAUUUUUGGGGCUUAUGACUUUU